AUGAAACGGGAAAAGAGAAUAAAAAAGGAAAAUAGAAAAGAUCGAAAGAAAGAAAAAAAGCGAUCGAGAAGUCGGAGCAAAAACAGAUCUCGAUCACCAGCUGAACGAAGAAAAAGGAGAUCAAAAUCACCAGUUGUGGAAAAGCGGAAAAGGAGGAAAUCAGAAACUGUAGACAGUAGUUCAGAAAGUAAUACAAAGCAUAAAAAAAGAAAGAAGGAAAAGAAAAAGAAGAAGAUGCAUGAUAAGGAAAAAAGAAAGCAUAAGGAAUGAUUGUACAAAAACUUACAAAAUUGUGUGCAUUCCAUAUAAAAGGGUCUUAGUCAGGUUUCAAUAUUUUACAAAUAUACAUGUUUUGUGUU